CCCCCACGGGCGCAUCGUACAUGCAGCGCGGGGCGCGGCAAUUUACGCGCUUCCUCGCGGAAGGUCCCUGUUCCAUUCCAGGCCCCCAGCCGGAGUAACGGAAACGAGCGUCGCUGGGGCCGUGUCCCCUCCCGAGCCUCCCGCGCUCCCUUCCCUGGUGCGACCCGCUGGGCGCAUCUCAUUUACCCGGGGGCGCCAUGGAGGCCGUGCCCAGCAGGGGCAGGCUGGCUGCCGGGCGAGUCUUGUGCUUGUGAAAAGCACCAGAGCGAUGCUCUCUGAAGUCCCGCGUUUACCCCCCGAAGAGGUGCAGCAAUAGAAGCUACCCGCGCUGGCAGUGCGCGCCUGGCUCGUUCUGGAGCUAUCCCCUGGCCUCUAGGGCAUGAGGUGAGCUCUGAUUGAAGACACCUAGCUAGGAACUGAAAUGAAACCAAUACUCACUUCACACUGAAUGGGCAGCAGAGGAUAACAAUAUUCAGUCACCAGAAUGUCUCACUCUCAGGCUGAAAGUGUCAUAAGGAACAUCAUUCGAGAAAUAGGACAAGAAUGUGCCAUGAAAGGACAAACUGUGUCUGAAACAUUGGUAGCUUUCAUGGUGAAAGCUGUUGUUUUAGAUCCAAAGAAUGAAUUUAAUGUGGAUCGAACGCUCACAAAAAAUGAUGUGCAAAAGCUUAUUAAGCUCUGUGUUGGUAGACUUCUUGAUACAGCAAAUCCAUCCCUGGACACUAUUAAGAUGCAAGUUUACUUUGAUAUGAAUUAUACAAACCGAGUUGAGUUACUUAAUGAGCAGCAUCGCAUUCUAGAGGCCAGGCUGGCUCCUGUGAGCAGAGAAAUCACAGAUUAUCGUGCUCGUACACGUGAAGAGCUGGAGAGCCUUUACCGAAAGAUAGUUAGCUAUGUUCUGCUACGUUCUGGCCUCGGAUCCCCUACAGAUAUCAAAGUUGUUAGGGAGGCCACAGCUGCCCUGCAGAGUGUGUUUCCCCAGACAGAGCUGGGUGUUUUUCUCUCUCUCAAUAAGAAGGACAAAGAACGACAACUGAAAGAACUUACCAUGAUUGUCACAGGAAUUCGGUUAUUCAACAAGGAGUGUGGAAAAGGAGGAGAAGGAAUUGAUGACUUGCCAGCUAUUCUGAAUGAAGCUAUCCCAGCAGCUACACAGCCUAUUGAUGCAGAGCUUCAUGCUUCCCAAGAUCUGGCAUAUCGCUACACAGCUAUCUUGGAAAUUAUGCAGGAGAGCCCACAGAGAAAUGUAGAACCUAGAACAUCUAUGUUAAAGGAAGCACUGUUCAAUGUGAGGCAGCAUGAAGUCUUCCUCUGUAUCAUUCUGUCUGAUGUGAUCACAUGUGCACAAGAAAUUGAAAUGAUGGACAAGCAGUUUGCAGCCCAAAUAGAGCAGUUAAAAAACACUGUUCAAGCAAAGACCGCUGUACCUACAUCACAAGUUUUUCCUAUCUUUGUAGCACUGUCUAACCUCUGGACGAGCUUUCAGGAUGAGAUAUUGCUGCUGAGUUUUCUCACUAAUUUGACGGUCAGUCUACAGCAGUUUUUGGGAAUCCAUGCACAACUCUUUCCUGAUGAUGUGAUGGAAUCUCUUCUCCAAGGAGUGACUGUGAAAAGUGAUGAGCAAAGGAUAAAGGAAACCAUGGGAAUCAAAGUGAAUGUUUCUGAUUUCAAAAAACAAGAGUGGUUUUUUCCAGAAACCACAGCUAAUUUUGAUCAGUUGUUAAUCCAGUAUCGUGGGUUUUGUGCUCUCAUGCUUGCUGAAAAAGAUGGCCUUCUCCUCCCAGGAAAUCCUGCUAUUGGAAUUUUGAAACAUAAGGAGAAAUAUUACUCUUUCAGUUCCAAAGAAUCCGCAUAUGCUUUUGCCCAAAACCCAGAUAUGUUCAUUCAGUUGAUUGGAGACAAAGCAAAAGAAUGUGCUGAGCUUAUUCAACUGCUUGAGCUUCAUCAUCAGUUUGAAUCCCUUGCUCCUUAUUCACAGGUUGGAAGUGGAGACAAACAUUCAAUGAAACCAAUCACCAAAUGUGACAGCAGUACUCAGACUGACACCCAUAUAUUGCCUCCAACAAUUGUGAAGUCCUAUGAGUGGAACGAAUGGGAACUGAGGAGAAAAGCCAUAAAAUUGGCUAAUUUGCGUAGGAAAUUAACUCACUCAGUGCAGACUAUUCUCAGUCACAUGAGAAGAGAUAACUCUACCCAAGUGUAUUUGCCAAAGGAUUUUGGAACACAGACUAAACUUGACAACUCUAGCAAUGUACCCAGGCCACAGAUUUUCCUGGCCGGUCUCAGAGGAGGAUCAACCCCAACUACUUGUAUGGUUAAAGUGAACUUAACCAGAGCAGUUGAUGAAACCUAA